UUUGGAUCUAUGCCUCUUUGGGGUCAGUAUCACCAUCACCCGCCAAAAAAAGAGGAAAAAUAAAAGACGACAACAAAACAAAACAAAACAAAACAAAAGAGAUUCCUUUAAUUACACCGGAGUUAACAACAAUACCUCAUCCAACUCGGCAAAUCAGGUGUUGAGCAACUCAAUUCCUUCAACCAUGGAAACCCUAGAUCCCAAUUCCAUCCCCAACUCACCAAACAAACGUCUCAAAACGGAAACCGAAACCCUAAUUCCUUCAACACCAUCCUUAUUUGACAAAGGAAAAGCUCCAAUUAUCGCCGACAACGACGGCGAAAUUGAAGAAGGUUACGAAUCGCCGGCGAAUUCGUCGCCGGAAAACUGCGGAAUUUGCUUUUUGGAAGAAGGAAAUACCUUCAGAGGCCUCAUUGAUAGUUGCGACCACCACUUUUGCUUCCUUUGUAUCAUUGAGUGGUCGAAAAUCGAGUCUCGGUGUCCUUUGUGUAGGGAAAGGUUUAGUACCGUUCGUCGUGUCAGGAAGGAUGGGAGCUUUAUCGGUGAAGGUUCGGUUCGUGUGCCUGUUCGUGAUCAGAUUUAUGAUCCUUUUGGGGAACCAGUGGACCCAUAUGCACAAGCGAAGUGCAGUAUCUGCAAUAAUACAACUGAUGAGUGUCUUCUUCUACUAUGUGAUCUUUGUGACUCAGCUUCACAUACUUAUUGCGUUGGCCUUGGUGCCACUGUACCUGAGGGUGAUUGGUAUUGCCGGGACUGUGCUCUUCUACGGGAUGAGCAGGAGGAUAGUGAGAUGGGGUGUGAUGUGGUUACUUCAACUGUUUCACCUCAAGUUGAUGAACCAUCUUCUACUUCAACUUCAAUCUCAAUAUUUGAUAUCGUGAGAGACCCGAAGGAACCGGAAUCGGGCACCAGUAGGCUUCUCAAAUUGGUGUCUCAAAAAGCGACAAAGUUUUCUUCCUCAGCUAUCGCCACUGACCAGCCAAGUAUUGCGUCUGCAACAAGUGUACCUGAUUCAAGAGAUAAUUUUCAUCCUGCAGCUGAGUUGUCAGGAUCAAGUGCCAGAACUCUGCGGAAUUGUCGAAAUGUUCACAGGCACAUAAAUGUCUUACGCGAGAAUUGGGGUGCUUUUAGAACUGGAUCCUUGAACUUCUCUUCUACCGUAUCAGAUUCUUUUGGUAAAGCUGGUCAACAAAAGAAUGUUGUUGGAACCAGUUUGAAAAGAUCUGGCAAAUUGCAAUCUUCAUCCACAUGCUCUUCGGAAACAAAGGUAGCAGAGAAUUUGCAUGAUGCUAGACGUAAUAAAGAAUCCUAUAAUGUUGAUAGAGCUUGGAAGUUGAUGAAUAUUGCGAAGACAGUGCAGCGGACAGAUAAGUCAAAAAGUACCUCUAAGAUUGCUAAAAAGAAUGGACAUAGCAUUAAGAGAGAUAAACUUUUGCUGAAGAGCUCAGUGUCUGGAAGAAAGGAUCUAACGUCCCCUGUCUUGGAGGAACAAAGGCCUACUCACAACAUUAGUGGAAGGCCUGCUCAGAGUUCAGGGAAGCAUCAGUUUGGUAAUUUUGUCUCACUAGCUGCUAGAACCCCUCUCAGCCAGCAUCAGAAUUCCCGCUUCUCUAAUUUAUCUAUGCCUACUGAAUUACAAACUGCUUCAAACGAUGAUAUUUGUUAUAACCGAACAUGCUUUGCAUCAUCCAACAAAGUUCAGGGGAGACUUUCUGCUAUUCUUGGUGAUGGCUCUGCCAGGUCAGCAUCUUCAUGUGGGUCAAUAGCGGUAGUUUCUGAUGUGUCUUUUGCCAGAUUGCAGAGGGGGGAAAUAUCUGCAUGUCCUGUGAAACAAGCUGUCAAUUCAAAGAUCUAUAGCUCUAGCACAAGGGAGCUACAAAAGUCAGUUCAAACUGACAUUUGUCGAGAUAAACCUGCCUUACACCCUCAUCCAAGUUUAAGAAGAGGGUUGUCAAAUAAUUUUGAUGAACAGAAUAGUUUUGCCUGUUCAACUGCAUAUGAUCCUAUAUUGGAUGGCUUUGAUGCAUCUCAUGUCAAAUUGGAGGGCAAGAAAAUAUCUGCAUGUCCUGGGAAAGUAGGGGCUAAAAUCACCGGCAAGGAUAGCAAGGAUGAUGAGGCAAAGGGUGAGAUCCAAUCCCUUGUCAAGCUUAAUCUGAAGCUCCUUUGCAAAGACAAACGAUUAGGCGUAGAUGCAUUUAAAGAAAUUGCCAGGCUUUCAACACAUACAAUUUUGGCGUCCUGUGGUUUCGAGCACCGAAAAAUUGUUGAUCCCCUCCCGAGAUUCGUAUGUCAUCAUGCUGAUCAAACUCAGCAGGUUUAUAAGUCUACAAUAGUGCCUAGUUCUUGUAGAGAAUGCUUCUAUGCCUUUGUUAAAGAUGUUGUUAACUCAAUAAUGUCUGAGAAAUUGAAUAAUGCUGGGAAUGUAUCUUGAAAAAAAAAUCCAUUUUGCGUGGUCUAUGGUGAUCAUUAAAGCAUCAGCUUCUACCA